UAGUAAACUGCCUUCGAAGGAGGACACUCAUCAAGAUGCGAGGGAGCUGCCUGAGAAAAACAGUGAUGGGGAAGUUAUAGCCAGCCUCGUUAAAGAUGUUGAUUUAACGGAGGGAUUCUUGUACGACGCCGAGCUUUAGCCUUGCUAGCCAAAAGUCGUCAAACUGGAGCGUGCUGGAGAAAGAAAGCACAGUUUCUCCCUAACACACUGACAGUUUGGGGUCUAUGAAGGGCAGGAAAAAUGAAGUUCGCUCAAUUUUUGCUGAAAAACGGCUCCGUAGCUGGGAUACCGAAACAAGUGGAGAGGUUUUCCAAGUUUUCCCCUUCUCCCUUGUCUAUGAAGCAAUUCAUUGACUUCGGCUCGGCCAAUGCAUGUGAGAAGACAUCAUUUGUGUUCCUGCGUCAGGAGCUUCCUGUCAGACUGGCCAACAUCAUGAAGGAAAUUGAUUUCCUCCCUGACAAACUCCUCAGCACUCCAUCCCUUAAGCUCCUCACCAGCUGGUAUUCACAAAGUUUGUUGGAGCUUGUAGAUUUUUUAGAGAAAAAUCCAGAUGAUAAGGAUGUCCUGUCAAACUUCACACAGACUUUGGUAAACGUCCGGAACCGGCACAACAAUGUGGUGCCCACCAUGGCUCAGGGUGUGGUGGAGUACAAGGAGGCCUUCGGCGUGGACCCCGUCACCAACCAGAACGUUCAGUACUUCUUGGACCGCUUCUACAUGAGCCGCAUCUCCACACGCAUGCUCAUGAACCAGCACACAUUAAUCUUCAACGGCAGUGUGAACCCAGCCCAUCCCAAACAUAUUGGCAGCAUUGACCCCAGUUGUGACGUUGUGGAGGUAGUAAAAGAUGCCUAUGAGACUUCAAAGAUGCUGUGUGAGCAGUAUUACUUGACCUCCCCUGAUAUGGAGAUCACAGAGGUCAAUUCCAAAAACCCUGGCCAGUCCCUCCACAUUGUCUAUGUGCCAUCCCAUCUCUACCACAUGCUGUUCGAGCUCUUCAAGAACGCCAUGAGAGCUACAGUAGAGACCCAUGAGACGAGUCCAACAUUGCCCCUGAUCAAAGUGCGAGUUUCUCUGGGCACUGAGGACCUGACCAUCAAGAUGUCUGACAGAGGAGGAGGAGUCCCUCUGAGGAAGAUUGAACGUCUCUUCAGCUACAUGUACUCCACCGCUCCCAGUCCUGUCCAUGUCGACAACUCUCGCAAUGCACCUCUGGCUGGUUUUGGUUAUGGCCUGCCCAUCUCCCGCCUGUAUGCCAAGUAUUUCCAGGGAGAUCUGCAGCUGUACUCUAUGGAGGGCUACGGUACCUCAGCUGUCAUAUACUUGAAGGCCUUGUCCUCAGAGUCAGUGGAGAGACUUCCUGUUUUCAACAAGUCAGCCCUACGGCAUUACCAGACCACCACAGAGGCUGACGACUGGUGCAUGCCCAGCAAGGAGCCAAAGAAAUUGGGCAAGUAUGAGAGGACUCAAUGAUGAUAGACUAAGGGACGAAGUUGAGGACACUAUAGAGUAGUCUGAGUAAAUGAAUAGUACAAUUAAGAGGAAGAGGGUCCAUGCUGCAAGAAGUGGAUAAACUUGUACUGUAAGUGAAAGAAGGCACCAUUUCCUCUCAGCAUGUUGCUGGACCUGGACUUGUGUACGUGGAAUCUGGAUUCCUUUCUCACCCAAGAGAGAAACCUAGGAGGAGAAAAUUGCUCAUUGUUGGUAUCAAGAAUCAGAUAAAUGCAGUGAAAUAACUGGGCUGUACUAUUACUGCCAGCCUCCAGGCAAUUUAACCCAACAAAAGCUCACCACAUUUAAUUCCAUUAUACGAUGAUUACAGGCUGCUAAUGGUAAUGGAACAAGUCAAGUAUUAAUCUCGUGUUGCCUCGCUCAUUACACCCAUUUUUCAGUUAUUUAGCUUUAAUAACGUGGAGACACUGUGAAACAAGUGUGCUAGCUGUUUGUGUUUAUGUAAUUUUUUUUUUUCUUUCAAAAUGUAUCAUUUCACCAUUUCAGCGGCUAACGUUCUUUGGUUAAUUGAAUUACUGGGUAAAAUUGUGUUUUUGCAUGAGGUUAAAUGUGUAUCAGUGCCUUGACAAAGCCCAGUCACUCAUGUUAAUCAGAAUGGGAACAUGUUCAACUUCUAAAGACAAAGGGAGCAAAGUCUGUUCCUCCUGUUUGCAUUUCAGUCCUUUAUAACUUGCAGAACAGCUUCACACAAACGACUUCUGCAUUUCAUGUUCAGCUCUGAUACAAGUGGAACAUUUCAGAAACAAUAAUAAGUUGUAUCAGUUACGUGUGCUGUGAAUUAAUAAGGCCUGAAAAGAUUUUUGCUUUGAUCACUUCAAUGUAAAAUCUGUUAGCUCGUUAAAUUGUAAUUUAAACUAAUUGUGAUCCUUUUGUUAGAGGACUCUGAUUGUAAGUAAACUACCUACCUUGUGCCUUAUCCGUGAACCCAUGUAAGCUAAGAUCAUUUUCAAAGUUGAAUUAUUGUGAAUUCUGAAAAUGAGAAGUGGAAUUGUUAAAACAAAGUAUCGCUGUAUAUUUAAAGUUGAUUCGUGCAGCUCAAAUCUGAAUAUUUGCAUUUUAAUUGCAACAACUGCCAAGUUAACCUUGACCUCCACAAUAAUUUUCCUGUGCUGAAACGGAUGUGUUAAGUUAAUCACAGCAGGAACUGAAACACAUUUUUCCAACAUUUUCAGUGUUCCCAGGAGUAAGUGUCUAGAGUUACACAGGUGCUCUCAUGCAUAUUGAAGGUAAUUUGGUAACAUCACCCUAAGUGUUUUUUAAUGACGUGUGUGUUGUAUAUUUAAGUGACUUGCUGCACUUCAGAGGAUUUGUGUUUGGCUUGUGUGAAAUGCUAAAUGUUGCACUGCAGAUAACUUCAGCUUUCUCUCAUAUGACAUGCUGUAAGCCUAGUUCUCAUGCUCAGAUUAGUAAAGCAUGUUAUCCGUAUUUCAUAGGUUGAUACACACACCGAGUUCAGUUUAGCAGAGACAGGAAUAACACAGAUGAUGCCAUAUGCAAGCUUUAUGGACAUAUCUGUAAAACCAAUUUCAAAUAUUCCAUUUCCCCGUGACACACCAGUCAUACUUUCAUACACCUCUCUAUUCAGCCUAGUUUUAAGCUUUUAGUAAUUGCUUAUUGUUUUAGAAUUUGAAUAUUAUUAUGUAAUUCUCUCAUUUUAGUUAAUAAUAUUUCAUGAUUUGUGAACUAGUAGACAUGUUUUGGUCACUUUUUAUAUGGUGCAACAUCACUCUCAAAGGCCAAGUGUUCAUGUACUGAAGUUGUGGUUCACCACUAAAAGGACCGGUGAAUGUAGAAAAUAAAAAUCUCGACAUGUCA